AUGGAGUGCGUUUUCGGACUGGUGGGCAAGGGUUUCGCUCUGGUGGUCGCCGAUUCAUCUGCAGUUCAUAGCAUACUUGUCCACAAAUCCAAUGAAGACAAGAUCAUGAUUCUUGACUCUCACAAGCUCAUGGGAGCUAGCGGCGAAGCCGGUGACAGAGCUCAAUUUACGGAGUAUAUACAGAAGAACGUGGCGUUGUAUCAGUUCCGUAAUGGAAUUCCGUUGACCACUGCAGCUGCUGCAAAUUUCACCAGAGGCGAGCUCGCCUCCGCCUUGCGCAAGGUAUUAACAUCUGCAUAGGUGCAUGUAAGAAAUGUCUCUGGAAGUGCUUACCUUGAGAGAAGAAUGUAAAAAUUCUACCAUCAUCAUUGACCCUGUUAUUGUUGUGUAAACCAAAAUCCUGAUGUCUGUUAUAUGUAAAAAGUUUUUAUGCAUGUAAAAAAGGCUCUACAACUUGUGUGUGCUUCUCUUCAUGCUUUGUAAAGUUGUAUAAGGAGGUUCUCCUCUUCUGUUAAGGGUGCAUGUUGUAUAAGGAAUCAUUAAUGGCUGUUGUGUUGUAACUAAAUGAUUGAAAAACUCCAAAUCCGAAGUGCUAGCAUGUUACUUGCAUUUUAAUCACAAUGGAGGUGGAAUUGUUUAAAAUGAUAGAAAGAUAAGAAAGGUGAAUGCCUGAAUUCAUAGGAACUGAUUGUAACUUUUAAAGUAGAGUUGCGGUUAUGGAAGAGUGUUACUGGCAGUAAAGUUUGGGAUGGGGUAGAUCAAUCUCAUGAAUUAAUUGAUUGACUUGGGGGAUCGACAUUGCUCCUAAAUUAA